AUGGCGGUGCCACAGGGCGUCGUCCCUCCAGGGGGAGGCGACUCGGGCGGUUCUCGAGGGCAUUCUGUGACGGCCGACGCGACGACGCCUCCAGCAACCCAGACUUCCUCGCCGGCUGCGCCGCCGACGUCGCUCUCCUCCACGUGGAUCGUCGCUCUGGUGGUGCUCCUGCUCUCGCUCCCGCUCGGCACGGUGAUUGACGGGCUGUUUUCCCCGUCCGGAAACCGGGGAUCCUCUUCGGCCUCGCCUGUCCUCUUUGAGCAGCUUUUCACGCCUCACAACCCCCUUCCCGCCGACGUGGGCCCGCACCAAGUGACCGUCCAGCUCUUCCAGCUGAACCACCUGCCGGGGUUCCGCCUCGUCGCUGUGGACUACCGCCCCUCUCUGUUUCACCAGGCGCUGGGGCGGCUGCUGGACGUCUUGAGCUGGGCGGCGCUCGCUCUCGUCGUCUUUGUGCGACCCAUCUGCGCGGCUCUCGGCUUGACGCAGCGUGGAGGCGAGGGAAGUGCCCAGGCUGAGCAGCUGCCGCCGUGGGCCGAGGCGCUCGAAAACAACCGCGUGACGGCGAUCAUUUCGGCCUUCUUCGGCGCCCAAGUUGUCCGCUCCGUCUUGAUUCCCAGCAACGCCUUCGAAAUCUACUUCGGACCGAACCUGCUGUGGUCUACGGUGCAUAACGGUCGCAUGCCCAAUGGUAGAGACUUGCUGCGCGAGUUAGAAGCCCUCGGCGUGCGUGUGAGGGAUCCGAUGUAA